AUGAGGCUCCAUUAUCUGCUAUUUGCAUUCCUCAUCUUGUUCUUGGUACCUGCUCCAGGGAAUGCAUUCAUCCAGAGAACCAUCCAGAAAUUAUUCUGCAGACUACGAGGUGGCCGGUGUGCUUUGUUUAGCUGCCUUGCAAGGGAAGAACAAAUAGGUCAAUGUUCUAGUAGAGGUCGGAAAUGCUGCCGGACGAAGAAGAAAUAG